AUGGAAGAACAGGUAGCAAAUGCCAUUGAGAUCGCCUGGAAUCCGUCCUCCGACCAAGCCCUGAAGUCGCAAGCUUUCGACUAUCUCAACCAGCUCCGCUCCGAUCCCUCCGGAUGGCAGGUCUGCCUCGCCCUGUUCACCAAAACCCCACAACAGCCCGAGAUCGUACGACAUGUGAGCUUGGAGGUCGUCAAUAGUGCUGCCCAGGCUGGCCUGAUCGAUUUGGCAUCGCUCGGCGUUGUGCGGGAUGGAUUGAUGGGCUACCUUCGCCAGGUGUACGGGCCUGACGCCAACGCUGCGCCCGAUGCGCCCUACAUCCAGAACAAAAUUGCGCAGACCGUCACUUUCCUCUUUUCCGCUCUAUACGCGAACGGCUGGGAGACUUGCAUCGACGAGCUACUGAGUCUGACCUACAAGUCCGCCGGCAGCACGACUCGGGACAAUGUACUUGGAAUUGUGUUCUACUUGCGUGUGGUAAACUCGAUCCACGAGGAGAUCGGUGAUGUGCUGGUGUCUAGGUCACGCGGGGAACAGGAUAAGGCAAACUCAUUGAAGGAUUUGAUUCGGGUACGGGACAUGCAGAAAAUUGCCAGCUCCUGGCAAGAAAUCCUGUCCGAAUGGCGGGAUGGUGAUGAUACGGUCGUGGAGAUGUGUUUGAAAGCAGUUGGCAGCUGGGUCAGCUGGAUCGAUAUUGGUCUUGUUGUGAACCAGACAAUGCUCGAUCUGCUCUUCCAGCAGCUGGGACGGGCCGAGAAACAGGAAUUGCGGGAGGGAGAACAGCGGGUGCGCGAUGCGGCCGUGGAUGUUUUCACAGAGAUCAUUGGCAAGAAGAUGAGACCUGCCGAGAAGAUCGAGAUGAUCGUCUUCCUGAACCUUGACUCGAUCGUAACGCAGCUCUCGAACAGCCCUCCCUUACGCGAGAACCGAUUUACCUCUAAGUACGAUACCGAUUUGGCGGAGACUGUCGCUAAACUUGUGAAUAUUACUGUUAUGGAUAUUGUGCGGGUGCUGGAAACCGACAGCGGUGCGGUCAAGGAGAAGGCAGAUGGUCUUCUGCAGGUCUUUCUGCCUCAUAUCCUGCGAUUCUUCUCGGAUGAGUACGACGAAGUCUGCUCGACCGUGAUUCCCGGUGUCAAUGACAUACUCACCUACCUCCGGAAGCUUUCCAAAACCAACCCUGCAUUCGAAGAACGCAACAAGACCUUCCUUCUCCCUAUCCUGAAGGCCGUCAUUGCCAAGAUGCGCUAUGACGAAACCUCGAACUGGGGCGAUGAAGACGAGCAGACAGACGAGGCAGAGUUCCAGGAGUUGCGCAAGCGACUAGGUGUGCUGCAGCAGACUAUUGCUUCUGCAGAUGAGCAGCUAUAUAUCGAAGCCAUUUCGGAAGUCGUGGGCACGACCUUCGAGAAUCUGCGUGCUUCCGGCGGUCAGAUUGACUGGCGUGAUCUGGACCUGGCUCUGCAUGAGAUGUACUUGUUUGGCGAUCUGGCUGUCAAGGGUGGCGGUCUUUACCAGAAGAACCAGCCCACGGGCCCGCCUGCAGUUCGACUCAUUGAGAUGAUGCUCCAUAUGGUGGAGUCUGACAUCCGCUCCUUCACCCACCCAGCAACACAGCUCCAGUAUAUGGAAAUCUGUGGGCGUUACAGCUCCUUCUUCCAGCACCACCAACACCUCAUCCCCGGUGUUUUGGAAAGCUUCCUUCAGCUCGUUCAUCACCCCGUCCGCAAGGUCAAGACCCGUUCGUGGUAUCUAUUCCAGCGUCUCGUGAAGCAACUGCGCGCUUUGAUUGGCAAUGUGGCUCAGACUGUUGUUGAGGCUCUGAGCGACUUGCUGGUGAUCCAGGCUGAAUUGCCCUCUGAGGGCUCAGACGGCGAUGAGAUGUCUUCUGAGGAUCACGAGGGUUCUGCCGAUGCCGUCUUUAACAGCCAACUGUAUCUCUUUGACGCAGUCGGUAUCAUCUGCUCGACCAAUGGCGUGCCUGCCGACAAGCAGGCACUUUACGCCCAGUCAGUACUGAACCCCAUUUUUGCCGACAUGGAGCGGAAUCUGGCAGCGGCCAAGGCCAAUGAUGAGCGGGCAUUGCUGCAGAUUCAUCACGAUAUUAUGGCAUUGGGCACUCUUGCCCGGGGCUUCUCAGAUUGGAUGCCGGGCACUACUACCCCGGCUGCCCUGCCAGCCGCAGAAGUCUCAGAAGCCUUCUGCCAAGUGGCAGAGGCUACUCUGGUUGCCCUCGAAUCCCUCAAAGCAUCUUUCAACGUCCGUACUGCCGCUCGCUUCGCUUUCUCGCGGCUGAUUGGUGUUCUGGGUGCGCGCAUCCUGCCCCAACUGCCCCGGUGGAUCGACGGACUCUUGACCCAGACUUCUUCGCGCGAUGAGAUGGCAUUGUUCCUGCGCCUUCUGGAUCAAGUGAUCUUCGGAUUCAAGGGUGAGAUCUACAGCAUUCUUGAUACGCUCUUGACUCCGUUCUUGCAGCGCGUCUUCUCGGGCAUUGCGGAUCCCACGACUGGAACCGACGAUGAGAUCCAGCUUGCAGAGCUCAAGCGUGAGUAUCUGAACUUCCUGCUGGCCGUCUUGAACAAUGAUCUCGGGGCGGUCAUCAUUAGCGAGAGAAACCAGCCAAUCUUCGAGACCGUCAUCACCACCAUCGAGCACUUUGCCAAGGACAUUGAUGAUUUCACCACUGCCAAGAUGGCAUUCUCAGUUCUGUCCAAAAUGGGCAGUUCCUGGGGAGGACCGGAUAUCGCCCCUGCCAAUGGAGCAACGACUACCCAGACCCAGCUCCCCGGCUUUGGCGGGUUCAUGAUCUCCCGGUUCUCGCCCUUGUGCUGGGCACUUCCCACCACUCCAUCCUUCAAUUCCAAAGAUGCACAGGCCAAGCAGGUUCUUGCCGAGGCAGGUGGACUGCAGCGCACUAUCUACAGCAAGACGGGCAUGGAAUACGCCGACUACCUGCGUAACCAAGAGCUGCCUGGAAUGGGCAUGGGCGCCGAGCUGAUCGAAGAAUUUUUGACGGCAUUAAGCCAGCUGGACUUGAAGGGAUUCCGGCAAUUCUUCCCGUCAUUUAUCCAGCGAUUGAGCGCAUGA